AUGGAACCUUCCGCAGCCCUUCCUGAUGACGGGGACCACCUGUACACACUUCCAAUGUUUGAUAUCAGACCCUGGGAGCGAGUGUAUGAGGUCCGUAUGGCCCGUGAGGGAUAUCUCUAUGGGCCACCUUUGCUUGGGAACACAUCGUUCUUUCCCACCGGGGUGCUGGGGGAUGCCAUGGUGGCCCGAGAUAAGGCUGCGUGGUUCCGUGAUGUAGAAUAUGUCAGCAACAAUGUGUACCCCGAGUGGGACAAGGCAGCCACAGCACUGGCAAAGGCGGGAGGUAUACAAUCUCUCUCCAGCUACGCAGUUAUCUACGAGGACCAAUGGGCCUCCACCUUGCCGGACGGGGUUGCCUCCGGUAUGCUGACAAACUGGACCCAGGACCUGCUGUUCUCUAUGGAACGGCUCUCAAUCAAUCCCUAUGUUGUUCGACGUCUUCACCCGCGCAAGGACCGGCUCCCCUUUGCGGUAGAUGACAGAGUGGUGCAGCACCUGGCGGCAGGAAGUACCCUUGAGGCCCUCCACCGUGACGGGCGUCUUUUCUUCGCCAAUCAUUCAUACCAGGCGCCGUAUCCCAAGACUCCUGAACGUUGGACAGCGGCUUGCACUGCCUACUUCUUCAUCCAUCCCCGCUCCGGCGCCUUUCUCCCUCUGGCCAUCAAGACCAACAUGGGGAGUGACCUCACAUAUACCCCGAUGGAUGAGACAAAUGACUGGCUGUUUGCGAAGAUGGCUUUUGAGAUGAACGAUCUGUUCCACUCGCAGCUGUACCACCUUGCAAAUACGCAUGACGUGGCGGAACCCGUCCAUCAGGCGGCCUUGCGGACCAUGAGCGCUCGUCAUCCUGUCCGGGGAUACCUCGAUCGCCUGAUGUAUCAGGCGUAUGCAGUCCGCCCUAUCGGAGAGGAAUUCCUCUUCAACGAUGGGGGUUUCUACGACAGUUCAUUUGCGCUUCCAAACUGGGCUGGCAAGAAGUUCGCGACAGAUGCCUACUGGGAGCACGCGGGGCAUUUCAAGGCUACGAACUUCUACCAAGACCUGUUUGACCGCGGGCUGGUGGACUGCACUUAUGGACCCCGCUUGACCUCGUUCCCGUUCUAUGAGACAGUGGCACCCAUGGUGGAGGCUAUCGAGGACAUUACGCGAACAUUCGUGGAAUUGUAUUACCCAGAGGAGGCAUUAAUGGAUGUAGACAAUGAACUACAGGAUUGGAUCAUCGAGGCCACUGAAGCGGCCGAGGUUAUCGAUUUCGUGCCGGCUCCGAUGCGCGAGCCCGAGCAACUGAUCUCUGUGCUCUCACACAUGGCUUUCAUCGCAGGUAUUGCUCAUCAUGCCCUCAAUGGCGCGACGGUCGGCGAGGCCUCAGGGGUCCUCCCUCUCCACCCUUCCUCCUUCAACCGGCCCCUCCCUGAAGCCAAGGGGAGUAUCGAUUCCCUACUCCCCUGGUUGCAUAACGAGACCGAAGCGCUGAAACAGGCCUCCCUCCUUGUACGUUUUAACAGACCAUUGCUGGAUGUACAGGAGGGAAGCCUGCCUCAUAUGUUUUCAGGAUCCAGCUUCCUGGCGCGGACCGGGACCGCGAUUCAUCAUGCUGAGAGGAGGUUCCGGGAGAAGAUGUGGGCGAUUAGCGACGAGAUCCGGAUGAGGCAGUUUGACGAGAGGGGUCUGUCGCAGGGGAUGCCGUUCAUCUGGCGAUCGAUUGAUCCUCGAAAAAUUCCAUACUACUUGUGUGUGUAG